AAAUAUAAUCAUUGUUAUUACAGUCAACUUGAUUUUGUAGUUAAUGUACAUCGAACUUCAUUAUGAAGUAGGUCAUAUCCGGUGUUAAUAUCUAUUAAUUGGGCGUCAACAAAGUAUUAGCGGCCAUUAUACGUUAAGCUGUUCCGUGGAUUCAUUCAUUAAUAGAUUGUACUGGGACAAUUUUUUAUUUGUAAAUAUCUAUCAUCAAUACCAACAGAACUUUUAAAAAAAUGAUGAUUUCAUAUUUGAUAACAAUUAUAACUGUAAGUAUGAUAGCAUUGCAGCUAACACCUAUUGAAGCCAAUAACGAUUAUACGUCCACUGAAUGUCAAGCGGAAAAUGAUAAGCUAGAACUAACAAUACUGAAAAAUCUGAACACAAGUGUUAAUCCAUGUGAAGAUUUUUACCAAUUUGCUUGUGGUAAUUUUAAUAACUCUUCUGCUAAUAUUCAGUACAGUAACCAUAAUGACUUUUACAAACCAAUCAGAGACCGAGAAAAUAAAAUAAAAGAAUUGUUACUAAAUGAUAAUUAUUUAUAUUUGUUAGAGCCGUUCAAUAGUUUAAAAAAGUUUGUCAAGUCUUGUGAGCGAUUGAACGUUAAUAUUGAUGCUAACAUAGGUUCAUUGGACGAAAACAAAACCAUAAGUUUAAAUUUUAUGACAGACGUUAUUGCUCAGUUAGGCGGAUGGCCUAUACUCGAAGGUGAUGAAUGGAAUGAUACGCAUUUCAACUGGAUUAAGUUUACUGAAGUUUCGCGGAUUAUCGGUACUGAGGGAUAUUUUUUCCUUAAACCUUCAGUUAAAAUGCUUAAUCACACCACUAUGUUGUCAAUAAGUCCUCCCGGGUUAGAGUUUCCAUAUAAGCAUUUGGUUUCAGUCCGAAGAUCACGAAAAGUGAAAGCUUAUUACAAUUACAUCCUAAAGGUCGCUCAAUUUUUGGAAACUGAUUUAAAAAUCUUAGACAUUGAUGUUGAACAAGCAUUGGCGUUUGAAUUAGAUCUAAUCUAUGCGACCAGUAGAAAUGUCACAUUAUCAAGUACUGAAAUGACAAUCAAAGAAAUGGACCAAAAGUGGCCAAAUAUCGAUUGGAUUAAAUUGUUUCGAUCAUUCAUAGGCUCAGAAUAUUCAAUCACUGAAAAUUGGAAAGUGUUAGUCAAAAAUUCUAACUACAUAACCAGAUUCGAACAAUUGAUUCAACUAACAAACAAAAGAAUACAAGCUAACUACGCAGUAUGGAAGACUAUCGAAAGAUUAAUUUUAUUCACUGAAUCUCCAAAAUUAUUCAGUUUUCAGGAAUCCUAUUACAGAAUAAGAUCUCCUUCACAAAGAAUACCAGGUUAUAAUUGCUUCGACUUCUUGAUUAAUUUAUUACCCGAGUUGUCGCUGUCUUAUUACGAACGUCAUUAUCCAAUUGAUGUUCGUUUUAUAAGUAAUAUUGAGAAUAUUAUUAUUGAUAUAAAAAAAACUUUUGUCGAUGUCUUGAAUAAUCUCGAAUGGUUAGAUCAUACGACCAAAAAUGAGCUGGUGUUAAAUUUAGAUUCUACCAAGUUUGUUUUGGGUUUGACCGAGACGAUGCUCAAAAAUGAAAAAUUGCGUACAUAUUUUGAUAAUCUUGUAAUUAACGAAUUUAAUUUUUUAAAAAAUUUUCUGGCGAUAAAUAUUUUCGACCACCAAAAACUUAUGGAUCAAGCUUUUACUUCAAGAGACAUGAUUGAUCUAACAAGCGUUUUCAGAAGGAUAAAACCAUUUAAAAAUAUUUAUAAUGCGAUCUAUGAUGACAUCACUCAUACAGUUUUUAUAGAUAUCGAAGCAAUGAGGAACUUGUUUUUUGACAUCGAUCGUCCAAAUUUUACUAAGUAUAGCAUAAUAGGAUUUACUAUUGGCCACGAGUUAGCUCAUCCUAUUGAAAAUCUCCACGACGUUUUCGAUACGGAAGGAAAAAUUGUAAAUGGGUGGAGUAUGCGUUCUAAUGAUAACUAUAAUCACGUAAGACAGUGUCUAAUAGACCAACAUCACAAUUAUACUGGGAACUCUAAGGAGAAUGUAGUUUUAUCACACCUUGAAGAAAAUAUUGCAGAUAAUAUUGGCUCAGAAAUAGCUUACUUAACUUAUAAAAAUUGGGUGCAAAAAUACGGAGAUGACUCAACAUACCCCAGAUUGAACUACACUCAAAAUCAGUCAUUUUGGUUGUCGUACGCAAACAAAUGGUGCAUACCAGAAAAAAUAGAUGGCUUUACAUAUUUAAAAAGUAGCCAUGCUUCGUCAGAUUUCCGUGUUUUAGAAUCACUUUCAAACAGCGCUUACUUCGCGAAGGAUUUUAAUUGUAAGUUAGGAUCUCGGAUGAAUCCUGAAAAGAAGUGUAAUUUUUUAAAAUAAAAUAUAGUGAAAAUAAGCUUAUUGAAUUACAGUAUAACAA